AGUGGAUUCCAAAUUACAGAUUGACAGACAUAAAAAUUGAAGCUGGAGAGAAAAAGGCAAGCUGAUUGCUCAAAUGGAGGUGGCGAUGUCCCUAAACGCUCUGGUUAGAAUUCCAUUGUCGAGCUCGAGAGCUCACGAAGAUGGACUGGUCAAGCAUUCACUUUUCAGUUCAAGGACUAGUACUCUCAAAUCGGCGCAGAAACGACUGAUAGUGCAGGCCAAGGGCAAGAAAGGAAUGGCGGCUCGUCAGUUUCAGCGACCUCCACCUCCUCCGCUGCCAAAGAUUGAAGAUGAUGGCAACCCGCGGUUUGUGGUCUUCAUCCGCAUGGCCAAUGUGUAUCUUUGGUACCCACUUAGUAUAAUAACUGGUGGCACCACCGCCAAAAUCAUGGUUGCAGCAAAAGAUAAUUUCCUGGGGAAGUAUAUCUACAAGGACACACUGGCCAGAAAUCUUGCUGCUGUUAUUUACAGGGAUGAGAAGGAAAUACAGAAGACAGCAUUUAAGCAAUACCGUGUGCUGCGGUCAGCAUCAGAAUUUAGAUAUGGCUACAAACUUGUCGAAACUGGAAAUCUAAGAGCUGCAAUCACAACUACAGAUGUUAUUGAGCUUCCAACAGAAGACCAGCUUAAAACUGUGCUUGACAAAGUUAAAGACUUCUUUGGGGAUGCAAAGGAGUCGUUUGGGAAGAUAACUGCUCUAAAUUCAGAGAGUAGUGAGGAAACAAAGGAAGCUUCUACUGGAAAAGCCAAAUGAGCACAAGGUUAAAGGCUGAGAACCGGUACUCAAUGAGCUAAUCUCGUUGAAAUAUUCCUGCCAUAAUUGGUUCUGUGAAUUUGUAGAGCAUCAUGCCGUCUGUACAAUAUCAUGGGAGAAGCUCAUUGAUAGUUACGGGAAAUGUUUCGCACAAUUUUGUUUAUACAAGUACAUUUAUUGAACAGAAAUACAAAUUAAGCCCCUGCACCAGUGAUAUAAUUGUUGUAUUUUUCAAAUCUGAAAGUAAUGAAACUUAGAACAAAAUGACAUGAA